AGUCGAGAGGAUAUUCGGCGAUCUUCCAGGACCAAAAGAACGCAACUGGCUCUAUGGAAGUUUUGUAGAUAUGCGAACACUUGAUCAACAACAAAGACUGUAUAAAUUUCUUGAGUGGGGGAACACGUUUUCUAAAGAGAGGGGAUACGUUCGAAUGUGGGGAGCCUUAGGGACUCCUAUAAUCAUUGCUUGUCAUCCAUCAAGCAUGAAGAGAAUUCUUAAAACAGCAGAACCAAAACCUAUGCACCUAACUAGCGGUUACAGAACAUUAAAGGACUGGCUCGGGGAUGGAUUAUUGAUCUCGGGAGGAGAAAAAUGGGCACGAAACCGACGACUGCUAACACCUGCCUUCCACUUCGAUAUUCUCAAACCGUACAUUGAUGUUUACAACGACUCAGCAAAUGUCUUAAUCGAGAAGUUGGGAAAGUUUGCAGACAAGAACACGGAGUUUGAUGUAUUUCAACAGAUUUGCCUUUGUACACUUGACAUCAUUUUAAGAUGUGCGUUCUCGUAUGAGAUUGACGUGCAGCGGAGCGGAGAGACUCAUCCAUAUGUACAAGCAGUGAAUGACUUGGCUACAUUGAAUACGCAGCGUCUCAGAAAUCCUUUUAUGGCACCAGAUAUAAUAUUCUACAGAACUAAGAUGGGGAAAAAGUACAAGCAAGAUUGUGAUUUUGUUCACGGUGUCGCAGAAGACAUUAUAAACAAACGGAGACGCACUUUGGAAAAGCUGGGAGAAUUAAAACCGAAAAAGUACCGUGACUUUAUGGAUAUUUUACUCACAGCCAAGGACGAAAAUGGAACAGGCCUAUCUGAUAUGGAUAUAAGAAACGAAGUCGACACAUUCUUAUUUGAAGGUCACGAUACUACAGCUAGCGCCAUCUCGUGGAUAUUAUAUUCUCUUGCUAAACAUCCGGAAUGUCAGGAGAAAUGUCAGGAAGAAAUUGAUGAUUUGUUAAAUGGUAGAGAAUCAGACGAUAUUAAAUGGUCGGACUUGCCACAUCUAGAGUAUUUAUCUAUGUGUAUAAAGGAAGGUAUGAGACUUCACUGCCCUGUUGCUAUAGUCGCUCGUCAAACAACGAAACCAUUUGAUCUAGGGGAUACCGUGGUGCCAGCAGGAACUUCUGUAAUGAUAAACAUAUUGAUGUUACAUCAUAACGAACAUGUGUGGGGAAAAGAUCAUAUGGAAUUUAAACCUGAACGAUUCACUAAAGAUAAUGUUGCAAAGAUGGACCCAUACCAGUUUGUUCCCUUUUCUGGUGGCCCAAGGAACUGUAUUGGUCAAAAUUUUGCAAUGAACGAGGAGAAAGUAGUUCUUGCGAAACUUCUGUAUAAUUUCAAGUUCAGCCUAAACCCGGAUCAUGAAGUAAAAUGGCGAUUGUCAGCGGUGAUGAGGUCACAGGAUGGAAUAUUAACUAAUGUUCAAAGAAGACAACACUAACCAGAAUCUAAAAUUGGGAUGACCACCAUGUAUUUCUAUUGACAAAACUUCUUCAAUGUGUUUGUGAAAAUUGCAUUUUUUGCCAUAGAAUGUUCUUUUACCGUAUUUGAUUAAUGCGUUUUGAAUUGAUGAUACAUUGGUACACAUAUCCUGAUGAUAAUACGAACUAUACGUUAUUAGAAUCAAAUAGUUUCCAAUUUCAAUAUUAUAAGCAGACUCCAUUCCAAGAAAAGCCCAUUUGAUGAAACGAAAUUACGUCAUAAUAUUAACUAGCUUAUUCUUAAAAGCGUGUACCCCCAUGCUAUUUUUAUCUUUAAAACAGUAAUUAAAUAUUCUUAACAAAUAUUUUAUUGAAAUUGAUAGUACAUGAUAUUUUAACAGAAAAUCUAACAAUAUUGUAAGCAUCAGAUGAUAUGAAUCUUGUUUUCAGGAAAUUACGUUUCAUAUUAUUUGUAUUGUUCAUUUUUAUAUAUUCAGAAUUUCUUUAUUUUGAUUGUCAUUUAUGUCAGUCUGACACUUAGUUAUUAUAUCAUAUAGAAAAAUACUUGUAUUUCUAAAUAAUCUUUUAUUAAUUAUUUGAUGAUACGUGUCUUUCAUAUUUGUAAAGUUAUACAACUAAUAAAAAGUGCAUACUAUGAAAAGGUAUUAGGCUAUAUCUUUUAUUACAUUUUUUUAUAAAAUUAAUCAACAGUGAAAUUAUACACCCUUCAUUAAAAUAAACAAAUAUCUUAGACUUUUCAGUAGUUACAUUUUUUUUUGUUGCUUUUCUUAAUAGUUGCAUAAUAGAUUGUUAUUUUACGGAAGAUGUGUGUUUUACAUUGGAUGUUAUUGUACGGAAGAUGUGUGUUUUACAUUGCAUGUUAUUGUACGGAAGAUGUGUGUUUUACAUUGCAUGUUAUUGUACGGAAGAUGUGUGUUUUACAUUGAAUGUUAUUGUACGGGAAGACGUGUGUUUUACAUUGAAUGUUAUUCAGUUUAUGUUUAGAUAUCUGAUUGCAAUUUCAUAUCAUAAAACAACAAUAAUUUGAAUAUGAUGCUUUAUGAGUUAAGUAUUUGAAAACUUAUUUUAUUGUGCAUGAAAUUCCUUUCACUCGUCCAAUAAGUUUUUGAUAGCUUAUAAUUUAAAGUAUUUAAAAAAUAUAAUAUUAAAUACAUGUAUAAAAAAAUGAACAGAAUGUAAAUGUGUAUUGAAAGAGGUCGGUUGUCGUUCAAAGAAAUAUAUAAUACAGAAAAAUAUAAUAAUGAUAGAAAGAAAACUUCGAUCUAUCAAUAUGGUAUAUGGAUGAAAUUAUAAUGUUUAUUUGUGAAGUGGGCGUUAAUGUAGUGAAGUGGAUGCUAUACUUGUACAUAUAUACAAUUAAAUUAGAAUAAUAAAACCAUUAACAUGU